CUCUCGAUCAUCAAUCUAGACGCGUCCUCUCUUAUUAGAGUAAAUUUUAAAAUGUUCAAAGUCAUUAAAAACAGCAGUGUCAGAUGCAAGGCAAGGAAUUAUUUGAAAUAUUUUCGAUAUGAAAGACGGUCAUUCGCCACUAGUGAGGAUUUGGUGUCAUCUGCUGAUGUUGUCGUUGUGGGCGGAGGUAUAGCUGGGUGCAACACGUUAUAUCAAUUGACGAAACGAGGAGUCAAUGCAGUAUUGUUGGAACGAGCUAAACUGACGAGCGGCACGACAUGGCACACGGCAGGUCUGGUAUGGUCUCUGCGGCCUUGUGAUUUGGAGGUUCAUCUGCUACGUGACUCCAGAGCAGUUUAUAGUGGAUUGGAACAAGAAAGCGGCGAGUACGCAGGCUGGAUAAAUAAUGGCGGCAUGUUCAUAUCGCGGAGUAAGCUCCGCACACAAGAAUAUAUGCGUCUACAUACACUGGGAAACGCAAUGGGGAUCCCAAGCCAAGUCCUGAGUCCAGAGGAUGCACAGAAGCUUUUUCCGAUAUUGGAUCCGUCAAUAUUCAAAAUGGCACUUUAUUCGCCCGAAGACGGUACCAUUGACCCUAGUAUGGCUUGUAAUGCCCUUAUUAAAGUUGCCACGAGAAAUGGUGGAAAAGUAUACGAAGACUGUCCAGUGUUAGACAUUCAUUACGCCCACAACAUUCUUGGCAACAAGGAAGUCACAGGAAUUCAUACAGAAAAAGGAUUUAUAAAGACCAAGUGUGUUGUAAAUUGUGGAGGAGCUUGGGGUCCUCGCGUAGCGCGCUUUGCCGGCGUUCCCUCACUGCCUUUAAUUCCCUUCAAACACGCAUACGUGGUUUCGGACUCUGUGCCUGAAAUCCGCAACUGCCCCAACAUCAGAGACCACGAUGUCAACCUAUACAUCAAAAUUCAAGGGGAGAGUUGUCACAUUGGAGGAUAUGAAAGCAACCCUCAUAUGCUUGACCAGGUGUGUUUUAAAUUACCUUUUUUUAUAUUUUAUAACUAA